GUGACGUUAUUGCGUAAUACAAUCGUGACGUCGUUUCCUUGACACUUAAAGCAAGAGGCAGUUCAUUUGUGCAACGACAAGAUGGGGUGUUUUGCAUUUCUUAAAAGAAAGAAAAAUAACAUAAAGGAAAAAGAUGAAACCACGAAAAAAAGAAACAAAACCAGAGGCUGGUUUCGAAGGCGUAGUAAUAAAGUCGCGCCGUACGAACCUCCCGCCGCUCCCGAAGUCAACAUCAGACUGACCAAAGAUGGCUGCGCGUUUGAGGUGCGAGUGGAGAUUGAGAAAAAGCCACUCCUGCCAACAUUAAAAGACCGCAUUCCCCUCCUCGAGGAGGAAAUGCGUUUAAGGUUGGCAUCAAUUGAGGCCCGGAAGAGGGCAGAGAGGCGCGCCCGGAAUACGGCCACAAAGCGCGCAGUACGGGAAGUAGUUCCUCCAGAGCAGCGGAGGAAAAACCUGAAGAAACUGCACAAAAGAUGCCUCUCCGCACGCAGCCGGGCCGUAUCAAGGGGAACACAGAGCCCAACCCACGUCCAAAGCCUGAACAUUGUGAACUAGAUGACGGAUCUGUGCCGACCAACACCGCUGUCUUUAUUAUUAUACCAAUUACUCGGUCACCUUCGUUUUAAAGCAAAAAAAACAACACAUUACCUUUUAAAAAAUGAUUUAAAAAAAUAAAUAUUUGUUAAUUUUAUUCAGUUUGUACAUUCAAUAAAAUAGGUAACAUAUUCCAAUGCAUCCAAACGCCGUUAGGUCGGUGGGGAGCCUAUUCCAUACGGUCGCCGUUCGGACUGGAUUGAGGUCAGUCCAGCUGGCAAGGCCGGGGCAAUACACACGCAACCUGCCAAUUGCUGUGUAUGCGAUGCCCCGACCUUGGUCAGAUGGACGCUCAUGAACGGGACGAAUGAUCGACCGUGUGAAGGAGGCGCCCCUUAAAUUCUUCCAAACGUCCGGUGGAUGUGGUGGAAUGUGCUAUCUUGUUUUACUAUUUUGUCUCAAUAUAAAUGUAAAUAUAACAAUUGUUGUUUGAUCUAUAUAUAAACAUCACACGGUGUUGGUCGGCUUUGGAUCGCUUCGACUAGUUUUUCUUCAUGCAUAAUAAAAAAUUACUUCAACUUGACA